CGCAUGCGCGCGCUCCCGACACAGCGGCAACCCGCUUAUUGAGAAGAGUGACAGAACAAAAGAAGGAAGAAGGAAGAAAGAAAGAAAAGAGAAACAAGAGAUAAAGAAGAAGAAGAAGAAGAAGAAGGAGAAAAAGAAAAAGGAGAAGAAGAAGGAGAAAAGUCUCAGGAUGGACGUGAAUUCACACGCCGAUGACAUCACUGAGAGCAGAGCCAAUCAGAAGCCGGUUCAAUCAGAAUGCGUCUCCAUCCAGCCAACAGCCAAUGGGACGCUCCUGCAUCACACAGACGUUUCAGAGGAGGCUCCGCCCCUCCGGCUCUGUGAUUGGUCAGAUGACGGAGCCAGCGUCGACAACUCUGUGACGGACGGCUCCUCCACCAAUGGCGUCGCUCGCCUAAUGCCCAGCCAAAAGAGAGGUAGCCGCCCAAUACCUGAAUCUGACACCUGUGAUGUCACCUGUGAUGUCACUUCCUGUCUCUCAGUUGUGGACAGCUCAUCAGCGUCUCCUCCUCCUCCUCAUCGCAGCACCAAUCAGAAGCGUCUCUCCUCUACUAAAAGCCACGCCCCCAUGAGGUCGGACGCCGCCCACAUUAAGGAGGUCGCUGGAGAUGACUGGUGCGUUCACUGUCUCCUGGCUUGUCUUUUCUGCGAGCUAACAUCCAUGUGUUCGGCUGUGGGGGAGUGUCUGGUUUGCGGAGUGGGCGGGGCCUGUUGUUGCGAUGCCGCGGUUGGCUGCUGCUGCUGCUAUGGGGAGGCGGCCUGUACGGAGGAGGCAUGUCAGGCCGCGUUGGAUUGUGGGAUAUGGGAGGACUGCUGCGGCUCGUCCGACUGCCUGGAAGUCUGUUUGGAGUGCUGCUCCAUCUGCUUUCCCUCGUAGAGCAGCCAAUCAGAGACGGACUACGGGCUGAUGUCACAGCACUGGUCGUCGCCUGGAGGCGGAGCUACUUCGUGACGUAUGUUGCGUUCACUGAGAGUCGGUGCUCCUAGGACUCGUCUGAACUGAACUUUAUUAACGUCUGCAGAAUAAACUAUUGAUGUUUGGGAUUGGCAGCUCAGGAGGGGGCGGGAUCAUCGGGUGGGACAGGAAGUGGGUAUUUUGUUGAAGCAACAUGACAGGACGUCCAAACAGGAAACAGGAAAUCACUGAGAUGACAACGCCACCUGACCCCUGACCCCCCCAGCAUGCCCAACAUCAAAGACACAGACCCAGUCACACACACACACACAGAAAUGACACAGCUUAAUUUUAAAGUUAAAAUCUGCUGUUAUUUUAUAUUUUAUUAUUAUUUUCAACAUGAAAACAAAAAAAGUUUGUCAAUAUAAACCUUUAAAACGGAAUCAAACCCCCCCUGCUGGUGGUAUGUAUGUAUGUAUGUGUAUACAUGCAUACAUACAUCACACACCCAUACAUAUAUAUAUAUAUAUA